AAGGACAAAACCCCAUCUCCUCAUGUAGCCUUCUUAGUAGUUAGUACCUCCAAUUCCUUAAUAUAAGCCUCAAUCCAUGACCAUGAGGCACUGAGACAAAGAGUCCCCCACACAACAAAAUAAAACCCUCCCUCUCUGGAAAAUAAAACAAAUAAAUAUUUAUGGUGUUGAUGGAUUUGGAAGGGUUAUAUGCUUCACCAAUGUUCACUCUUGUUGCUUUAAUAGGAGGAUUGUUGGUAUAUCUGUAUGCACCCUAUUGGGGGGUAAGGAAGGUUCCAGGCCCACCAUCUCUCCCGUUUGUAGGACACCUUCCCUUGUUGGCUAGGUAUGGCCCUGAUGUGUUCUCAGUCCUCGCCAAGCAAUACGGUCCAAUUUACAGAUUCCAUAUGGGAAGACAGCCAUUAAUAAUUGUGGCAGAUGCAGAGCUUUGUAAAGAGGCUGGGAUCAAAAAAUUCAAAGACAUUACAAACAGAAGUAUCCCCUCACCAAUUUCUGCUUCCCCUCUUCACCAAAAGGGCCUCUUCUUCACUCGGGAUUCGCAAUGGUCUACGAUGCGAAACACUAUAUUAUCAAUGUACCAGCCAUCACACUUGUCCAGAUUAGUGCCAACAAUGCAGUCAUUCAUAGAAUCUGCGACCCAAAGCCUUGACUCUCAAAAAGAAGACAUCAUUUUUUCCAACCUAUCCUUAAGACUAGCAACUGAUGUGAUUGGACAGGCAGCAUUUGGUGUAAACUUUGGCCUCUCUAGACCCCAUUCCAUUUGUGAUUCCAUCAAGAGUGUUAAUGUUAACAAUGACAAUGCAAGUGCUAGUGAUGAUAAUGAAGUAUCAGAUUUCAUCAACCAACACAUAUACUCCACAACACAACUUAAGAUGGACUUGUCUGGUUCCUUAUCCAUUAUAUUGGGUCUGCUUGUGCCAAUACUUCAGGAGCCUUUUAGGCAGAUUCUAAAGAGAAUACCUGGCACCAUGGACUGGAAGAUUGAACGCACCAACCAGAAACUGAGUGGUCGUCUUGAUGAGAUUGUUGAAAAGAGAAUGAAAGAUAGGAGCCGAAGUUCAAAGGACUUCUUGUCACUCAUACUUAAUGCUAGAGAAACAAAAGCAGUUUCAGAGAAUGUGUUCACACCUGACUACAUUAGUGCUGUUACUUACGAGCACCUACUUGCUGGCUCAGCAACCACCUCCUUUACCUUGUCUUCUGUUGUCUAUUUGGUUGCUGGACAUCCUCAGGUUGAGAACAAGUUGCUUCAAGAGAUUGAUUCCUUUGGUCCAGUAGAUCAAAUACCCACUUCUCAAGACCUUCAUGACAAGUUUCCUUACCUUGAUCAGGUGAUCAAAGAAGCCAUGAGGUUUUACACUGUCUCCCCAUUAGUUGCAAGAGAAACAUCAAAUGAAGUAAAAAUUGGGGGCUAUCUUCUUCCAAAGGGGACUUGGGUGUGGUUAGCGCUUGGAGUUGUAGGAAAAGAUCCCAUAAACUUUCCAGAGCCAGAAAAGUUCAAACCAGAAAGGUUUGACCCCAACUGUGAAGAAAUGAAACGUAGGCAUCCAUAUGCUUUUAUACCAUUUGGAAUUGGUCCUCGUGCUUGCAUUGGUAAAAACUUUUCCCUACAAGAGAUCAAGCUUUCUCUGAUUCAUUUAUAUCGGAAAUACUUGUUCCGCCAUUCACCCAACAUGGAAAACCCCUUAGAACUCGAGUAUGGGAUAGUCCUGAAUUUCAAGCAUGGGGUCAAGCUCAGAGCCAUCAAAAGAACACAGAGAUGCUAAGCAAACGGUUAAGAUAUUGCUCAUACUACUACAGUCUCCAGACUUCAGAAGAUCAAUUAUAUGUAUUAUCUUACAAAUAUUAAGUGUGCUAAAAAAAAAAGUAAUUGUGGUAUUACAUAGAAUUUCAGCCAAUAAUGGUAGUGUUUAAAAGAAUACAAAAGAAUGUGUUGUUAGCAUAUCUCAAAUAUAGAAUGUAAGUUUAUAAAAGAUA